AUGUUCAAGAAUACGUUUCAGUCUGGUUUCCUUUCAAUUCUUUACAGUAUAGGCAGUAAGCCUUUGCAAAUUUGGGAUAAAAAAGUUCGAAAUGGGCACAUAAAGAGGAUUACUGACAAUGAUAUACAAAGCUUAGUGUUGGAAAUCGUUGGUACCAAUGUGUCAACGACGUAUAUUACUUGCCCAGCUGAUCCAAAGAAAACCCUUGGCAUCAAGCUUCCCUUUUUGGUUAUGAUAAUCAAAAAUUUAAAGAAGUAUUUCACCUUCGAAGUGCAGGUACUUGAUGACAAAAAUGUAAGAAGGCGGUUCCGUGCUAGUAACUACCAGUCUACAACUCGGGUUAAGCCAUUCAUUUGUACAAUGCCAAUGAGGUUAGAUGAAGGUUGGAAUCAAAUACAAUUCAAUUUAGCAGAUUUCACCAGACGAGCAUAUGGAACAAAUUAUGUUGAAACCUUGAGGGUACAAAUACAUGCCAAUUGUAGGAUUAGAAGAGUGUACUUUUCUGAUAGACUUUAUUCUGAGGAUGAACUUCCAGCAGAGUUUAAACUGUUUCUGCCGAUUCAAAAUAAAGCUAAAACAGCUGUUGCAAAUUAA